AUGGGUCUUGUUUUGAGAAGAAAAACAUACAAGGUAGCAAAACUCUCUCAACUCACACACCCAAACCGGUCACCACCGCCCGCCGCCGCCGCUCUCCGCCGGUCGCCGCCGCCCGCCGCCGGUCACCACCGCCGAGACCCGGCUCACAUUCGCGUAUCUCUCGUUCGUGUAACUAGCAUUCGUUCGUUGAACCUCGGUGUCUCAACCGGUUAUUUAGUAACCGAAGGUAUAUCUAAACCCCCUAUGGUUGAUGUUCUAUUUCGUCCCAACCCGACCCGUUUCAACACAUACCAAAAAAACCAUUUUGACCAUUACCCAAGCUGCCCGCCCAUCCAUCUGUUUUGCCACCUCCGAUACUUAGCUUUAUACGUGAGGCGCUUACUAAACGUAUGUUUGUGGCAGAUAGGCUCUUUUGGUGCAAUAACACGGAUUCUAAGCAUUGUACCAAAUCGUGAGCUUCUUCUUAAGAUCGCAGCAGCAGGACCUUUCACGGGCUUUUCAUUGGGCCUUGUUCUUUUGAUUUUGGGCUUUUACUUACCAUCAACCGUUGUUGUUGAUGCUUCGGUAUUUCACAAAUCAUUUCUUGUUGGUGGGAUAGCAAAACUGCUGUUUGGUGAUGUUCUUAAAGAAGGAGCAAUGAUAACUGUGAAUCCGUUGGUGAUUUGGGCUUGGGCUGGGCUUCUCAUCAAUGGAAUCAACAGCAUCCCUGCAGGCGAGCUAGAUGGUGGUCGAAUUUCUUCUGCUAUAUGGGGUCGAAAGGCUGCAUACCGAUUAUCAGCUGCUUCUAUCGUGUUGCUGGGGCUAUUGUCAUUACAGGAUGACGUGGCGUUUUAUUGGGUAGUUUUGAUAUUCUUUUUACAACACGGGCCGAUUGCUCCACUGGCUGAAGAAAUAAGCGAGCCCGAUAACAAGUAUGUUGCAUUAGGAAUCUUAGUUUUAGUGAUGAGUUUACUAGUUUGUUUGCCUUACCCCUUCCCUCUCACAACUGGAGCAAUUACAAGUCUUUAGUGAUAUAAAUACAAUACAAUACAAGAACUCUUUCUACUGAAGAACAACUUCCUACAAAUUAAGUUGUUGCUACUGAAGAAGGUUCCUAGUUAUUGAAAUUAAGUAGAUGAAGAAUUAAAACUGUUGAAGAUCAAGUUACUCAUCAUGGUAACUUGAUGUUGAGGAAGUACUGUUUGUGCCAUUGGUAAAGCUUUAAAGGAUGUAUUGUUGUAUUUAUUGUUAAGAGUUAACAAUUGAAUGUGUAA